CAAAUAUUAACAUUUACGCUACUGUGAGAGAUUCAUUCUCUUGUCCAUGGAAUAGAUAGAUUUACGAAGAGCGUUCCAUUUGAUCACAGUCAAUCAUACGGCCAAAGUUUUUCCACUAGACCAAUCAUUUAGAAGAUCUUGCAUUGAAUUGGACAAAUUGGUGACGUGACGUGAACAAUUUUGAUUUACGCCAUACUUUCCCAUCUAUGUUAUAAAUGUUCUGUGAAGUAUAUAAUACGCGCACGUGGGUACCAAUGGUAUUUAUUGCAUAUGACAUGCUAUGUGUACUUUGGAGUAUCCGAAAAAGUAUUUCCAAGCUCAAGAAAUAUAGGUAAAUGAAGAUAUAUGUAGAAAAUAAUUUCGCCAGAUAAUUUCAGUGUAAUAACUGUGAACUGUGAUUGUUGAUGUACAGUAAAAUUGUGUGAGAGAUUAUGUCUUUCCGAGGACGCGGUGGUGGUUUUAGAGGAGCCGGCGGUUUUAGAGGUGGCCGAGGUGGUGGAGGAUUUAAUAGAGGACGCGGUGGCGGUUUCGAUAAAGGCAGAGGGUAUGAUCAAGGACCUCCAGAAACAGUAACGCCAUUAGGACAUUAUCAAUGGCCCGUAGAAGAUAUGAUAGUUGUUAAAGGAGAAAUUGAACAAAUACCAUUUUUUAAUGCACCAAUUUAUAUGGCAAAUAAGCAACAAAUUGGAAAAAUAGAUGAAAUAUUUGGUAAUAUUCGUGACUAUUAUGUAUCUGUUAAGUUAGAAAAUACAAAGGCUGCCAGUUUUGAGAAAGAUACUGAGUUAUACAUUGAUCCAGCAAAGCUGUUGCCUCUCCAAAGGUUUUUACCAAGACCUGGAGAACAGAAAAGAGGUGGCAGUGGUGGUCGUGUUAUGAAAAGAGGUGCUGGAGGAAGGAGAGGGGGUAGUGGUAGAGGUGGCAGGGGAGGAGGAGGAGGCGGCGGUGGCUUUGGUAAUAGAGGUGGCAAUGGUGGAAGAUUUAGAGGUCACGGAGGAGGUGGUGGAUUCAAUCGUAAUAGCUCAGGUGGAGGAGGACGCGGAGGAGGAAGAGGAAGGUGGUAGGACUUAAGAUUAAUUUUAUAAACAAAAUAUCUUUCCCAAAAUAAAUAGCAAAU